AUGAGUAGUAGGCGUCCGCUCUCUGAAAAGCAACUAUCAGGGAUUGCUGAAAGGAUGUUUGUGGAUAAAUCAGAUAGUGAAGAAGAUCAUUUUCACGACAGUGAUGAUAGUGACGAUGAGGAUUAUAGAGAUGGUUCUGAAAAUUCAUCAGAUUAUUCACAUGAUGAAGAUUCUGGUUCUGAGGAAAAAUCGAAUAUUAUGGAGGAGACGACCGAUACCAAUACCCUAUGGGUGAAUCUCAGUUCUCUCGGGGAAGGCAACAUUUUCGCGGUUCUGCCUCAAAUCAUGAAGCAGAUGAUGGCGGAAAGCAUGAUCGCGACUAUCGACGACUUCAAUGACGUCAUCUUGCCCAGUGACGAGACGUGGCAGACCAAGAUUUACUAUCAACUGGUCGAAAAGCAACGACAGGUUGAUAAAACUGUUGAUGAUAAUGAGUAA